AUGAGUGACUUCAUCGGAUCAAACAACGAGUCGCAGCCUGGCAAUCCGAACCAGGAGUUUGUUUUUGCCGAUGCGGGCAACGACGAGUACCUGAUUCUGAAUCGGGGUACCGGCACGUACAUGACUGCUAACAGUGAAACUGACGCCCCCGUCACUGGCAAUCUCCUCCCACCCGUUGACGAGAGGGUGCGCUGGAAGGUGGUUCCUGUUCGCAGUGGAAGUGGAGCCUACAAUGUUGCCUAUCCGGACCUUGUGAUGGAUACCUUCCGGGCCGGGACUGACAACGAGACUCCGAUCGUUCUCUGGACCAACAAUGGAGAACAGAAUCAGCAGUUCUUUUUGAGACUCCCCUGA